AUGAGUAAGAUUACUAAAGCGAUGGAGUCGUCCUCCGACGCCGUGGAUGCUGCAGUUCUGCGUAUUGCAGAGCUACUCAGAUCACCCGAUGACUUAGUAAAAACUAGUCUCUUACGUAAAAGGCUUGCAAUAGAAAAGGCUACCAUUGAUGCUCAACUAAAAUCUGGUGUAAAAGCGCAAUUAGAUAAUACUCAAGAAGGUAUUAAUAAACUAACUUCUUCUAGAAAGCAAAUGUUCAUCAUAAAAGAUAAUAUGCAGGCUAUCGAUCGCUUAUGCUCAGAAGCACAGGAUAUGAUUCAGCAUUUUCCUCGGAUUAACAAGAUUUCUCGAAUACAUCGUAACUUUGUUGCUACACAAGAAACAGCACAAAAAUUGCAAGAAAUGUAUUCGACGGUUGAUCAAAUACAAAAUUUGUUACAACAAGAUAAACAAAAUAUAAUGGGGCCUGCAGAAAAUUUGUUGUUUAUUCAUUAUCAACUUUUCAGACUUCAAGAAUUUCGGGAUAAUACCAUGCAUCAGGCAAAAAAUACAUCACAAGAUGAUGUUAUACUUAUAUUAGAACAAUAUUUCAGAAAGUUAGAUGAAUUGUCCAACGAAUUUGUUGAAUAUCUUUGGACAUUAACAAAAAACAUGAUUGAAUUGAUCAAGGUAGGUCAGGGAUCUGUGAUCGUCCGUGUAGUCAAAAUUAUCGAAACAGAGGAAAAAGCAGAUGAAAGGGCAACUGCCGCAGAACAUGCACGGUAUAGUCAUCAAGACCUCGCUACCAAAUUCAAAUCUAUUCAGGCAAGUCCACGCGUCAUUAGAUCUUACCGAAGUCAAUUUCAGGAUAAGUUGCAUGAUUCUAUUUCUGAAUUAUUUGAAAGUUUUUAUAAUGAACUUCGAGACGAUCCUAUGAGGUUAUUAGAUGAAAUCGAAUUUAUAUAUGGUCAUCUUGAGUUAGUAUAUCAAGAAAUUGUCCCACGAUUCCCAGCCAAAUAUAAUAUCUUUUCCGUCUUUGUUUUGGCAUAUCAUCGGCAUGUGUAUAAUAUAUUUGAUAAAAUCGUCAAAUCUGAUCCGGAUGCUGGAACAAUCCUGAGAUUAAUUAGAUGGGUUCGCCAGUAUUACAAGAAAAUGAAUAAAGAAUUCCGUAUUUCUGAAGACAUUUUAGAACCUCCGUUGCUUGAUGGAAAUGAACAAGAAUUGAUUGAUGAUUACCUCAAACUGAUACGCAGAAAACUUGAUGAAUGGAUGAAAAAUUUGAUGAAUGAUGAAACGAGAGACUUUACGGAGCGUAAUAAAGCUCCUGAAUUAGAUUCUAAUCUAUUAUAUGGACUUUCAGGUUCGGUUAUUAUGUUUCAGAUGGUGAACCAGCAAAUAGAUGUUGCUGCACAAUCAGGACAGGGUAAAAUUUUAGCGGAUGUGGUAAGAGAAUGUGCAGAUGUUAUGGCUGCAACUCAAAAAACCUGGAUGAGUUUACUUAAGUCAGAGUUGAAGAAACAAGUCGAUAAACCAGAAGAAGCUCCUCCAGGAUUUGUUGAAUACGUAAUUGCCUUGGCUAAUGAUCAAAUUCGAUGUGCUGAUUUUACCGAAGCUAUUGUUAAUAGGCUGGAACCUUUACUUUCUGAAAAAUAUCGGAAUCAAAUCAAUUCUGACCUAAACUCAACUAUGGAUGGGUUUUUGAAUGUUGCUAAAUUAGCAAAAGAUACUUUGUUGGACGUAGUAUUUAAUGAUCUUAAGCAACCAUUCAGUCAAUUCUAUUUACCAGUAUGGUACCUAGAAGAUCCAAUGCUACUUAUCAUCGAGACAAUUAAAGAUUACACUAAUGAUUUUCAGACUCAUAUGAAUGAAUAUCUUUUGGAUAGAUUAAUGUCCAAUACUUUGGAAAGAUUUAUCAUAGCAUACAUUGAAGCUAUGCGGAAUAAGGGCGCUAAGUUUAAGAAGCCAGAUGUGAUGAUAAGAAUACGAAAAGAUGUCGAAACGGCAUUCACAUUUUUUCAACAACAUAUUCCCUCUCAAGAAUUAAAAAGCACAUUUGAUAUCUUAAGUAGGAUUCAUCAAUUACUAGAAAGUUCUCGCAAAACAAUAUUUUUAGAUUAUUAUGCAUUGAAAAAAAUUUACGGUGACAUGCCAAUCGGAUUUAUCGAAGAUAUUUUAAUAAGAAGAGAUGAUUUAGAAAAGUCACAAGUUAAGGAAAUUAUUGAAACUAUUAAAGCUAAAAGUAAAGAAACAGGAGAAUUUAACGGAAAACCAACCAUUUUUAGCAAGCUUAAUUUUUAA